CAUUUUUGUUCCAUGGUUUCAGGGAAGUUGAAAGACAUCAAAGUUUUCAGACCUUCUGCCAAUACAGGGAACCAUAGAAUAGGAUUCUUAGGGUUCUGAGGUGAGGCUGGUGGGUUUCAUGUGUGUAGGAUCAGAUACAGAUUGAGGUGAGGAGCUACACUUCACUGACUUUGUUAAAGUGGUCACUCUCUCUUUGCAUAGAUAUGGUAGUAAAACAGCCAGUGGAGAAGGAGUUAGAAGAGCUGCGGGCCGAGCUGAAGUGGACCCAAGGGGAGCUGGAGGCAAGGAGGAAUGCUGAGAGGCAGUGGCAACUCCAGGAAGCAGAGAGCACUCGUCAGAGAGAAAUACAAGCUGAGAAGCUGUUUAAUGAAUGGAAAGAAAAAGAGCUGGUCAAUCUAUAUGGGGAAAUAGACAAGCUAAAAAAAUUCCUUUGGGAUGAAGUGAAAAGUGUUGCCAACCAAACUUCCAUGUUAGAAGAGGUACCUGAUUUAAAAGGCUUUUCAAAGUUGUUUUGUUGAAAAUCUUAUUUGUUCUCAAAAUUCAUUUCUUAGUUUGUACUAGUUUUAUUUCAUCUGCCAUUUGGGCCUAAUACACUGUGAAGCCAGAUACCCAAGGCCAUGCCUGGGAUCGCAUCCCUGUACUUUCACAUACAGACUGUGUAACCUUUCUGUGCUUCCAUUUCUUUCUUGUAACAGAGGUUGCCGAAUGGUUAAAUUAGCACAGAGACAACACUUAAUAUCUCUGUUAUAUAGUAAGAACUCCCUAGAUAUCACCCUUAUUUUUACGAAGGGCCUUCAUCACUGGACAAGAAAUGAGGCAAACUUUAAGUGAAUGCAUUUUUCUCCCAACAGAUAUCCACUGAGCACAGGCUUCGUGCCAGGCACAAAUAAUAGGUAACUUUUACUGUUUGUAUUUACUGUUUUCCAGCCCCUAUGCAGUGCACUUUGUAUACACUAACGUUUAAUCCCCACAACAACCAACCAUAACAUUCUCAAAGCAGUUACAUCAACAUCAUUAGUUCAUUAAUUUCUUUUUUAAAGUUCCUUUUUUCUUAAGCUCUCAUCAUUCCUCCUUUACUGCUGAAGACAUUGAGGCCAUAGAACACUCUCCACGUUCCAGGCAUGUUCUAAGAGGUUUACAUUCUCCAUCCUCAUAAACCCUUAUUUUACAGGAAAAAAAACAGAAGUGUAAGGAGUUUAACUUGCCACAGGUAAUGCAGCUGGUAAGUGAAGCUUGGAUUAA